CCGCCCCAUCUCUCCCUCCGUUCCCGCAGGAGACAUCGAAGUAAGGAUUAGCGACGGCGAAGGAUGGGAUGACAAGUGCACGGGUCUCGAGAUUUUCCAUCAGUUUAUCAUUAUCUGCAGGACCCCGGCGUAUCCUGGCAAGCUGGAGGCGUCGGGUCGCACGAUGCAGCUGUACUUGUAUCGGAAGUCGGACCAGGAGUCCAGCGAUUCGUACGACAUAAAAUACGCGCCAGGCAGGGUCGCCGGCGAGUCGUCCCUGGUCACGCAGGUGCUGAACGCGAAGAAAAGGAAAAUCGUGGAUGCGGAUUUCGACCUGCUGAUGCCACAUCUGGAGCAGAUGCGAGCGCUUCAUCAGAACGACGUGGCAGGCGAGACGCAGCCUCUGUUCGUCCCCCAAAGACUUGCUUUACCGCAGGAGUUUAAUCGGUCUUCAGCUACUCCGCCGACACGCCAGGAGGACAGUUCACUGGGGCAUCCGUCUCUAGUACGUCCGUCUUCCACUCAUUCAGUUGCUUCUCAGCCACCUUUCCUGACAACUUUCCAGGCUUCUCACUUAACACCCGCCACGCCAAGUUAUUCCUUAGACGCCAAUUGGCCAUCGACGCAACCAAACUUGCAGGUGCACAGUCCCAGUGGCGCACCAUCAACCAUGCCACCGUCCUCGCAAUUAUCCUACGGCCCACACGACCCCAAACCUUUCCAAACGCCCUCCGGGACACGCCACGUCACCAAUCAGUCGCCGACGCCCUACGUCAGAAGUCCCCAGCCGCCGACGACCUACGCAGGCCACGCACCACCGAGAACUUCGCCCCUUGACAUGCAGUCCAGCGCCCUCUUCAACGGGGCACCCUCUCGCCAGGAAGACCGGCUCUCACGCAACCCGAAUGCCACGGAGGCCUUUGCAUCGCCCGCGUCGCCCUUCCGCCAGGGGCACGAGAGAAUGCAGGAGACAAAUGCAACAGGGGAAAGUCUAACCACCUCCUUGCUUUCUCUCCUCGAUUUCGCCUCGGACUUCGACCUGGACACGCCUUGUCCCCCGGGUCGGGUGGGUACAUCUCCGUCGUGGCCUUUGGUUACAGACUCCGUUGGUUCGUCCGAUCAUCGUAACACCAAGAAAAUGACAAGAGAAAGUAAAUACGACUGG